GCGAGUUGACGUGCAAAUUUUUGCAGCGUAGGAAUAAAUCGAAUCGUGGAACUUCGUCGUGUGUGUACACUGACAUACAUGGCCACCUGUCCACAUAAAGAUAAACGAUAUCUGGCCUUUUAACCGACUGCUGUCCGUGACUCUUUCGAAUUAAUUCAUAACAACGCUCUUCGAGCAUUAAACUUCGUAAUUAGUGAAAAUUGCGCCACUGCGCUUUUUUUUCUCUUUAAAAAGUAAAAGCCUAGAAAAACGUUCCCGAGAUAUGGCGUGACGACAGAGAGCAGACGCUCCCGCUGCUGCUGCUGCUGCUGUUGCUACUGCUGUGUCUGUAGUGCUGUCGCUGCUCGUCACCUCCUGCAGAUGUCUGGCAGCUACUAACUCGUAUGCAUGAGAGAAUACCUUUGACACUGGGCCGUUGUCACCAAAGAACAACAAUGUUUCGCUCCAACUGUCCCAGCGGGGGCCUCUUCGUCGUCGAGGGCGAGCUGGGCCUCCUCAUGACGGCUAUGAGACGUGGUGUCAGAUGGUCGUCGCAUUCGCAUCAGGAUGAAGAUCAGGAUAUUCUGAUGAAGAAUCUGGCAGGCUUGAAAGAAACUUUAAACGAUGCUAAAGAUUUAUCUCAAUUAGAACCAUCUGCUUUCAUGGCACCUUUUUUAGAAAUUAUUCGGUCUGAAGAAACGACAGGACCUGUCACUAGUCUUGCUUUGUCUGCUGUAAAUAAAAUUAUUUCUUAUGGUCUUAUCGAUCCAGAACACCCUGCUGUUGUUCCAUGUGUUGAAGCAAUAGCAGAUACAGUGACACAUGCAAGGUUUGUAGGAACUGAUGCUUCUGGAGACGGAGUAGUUCUCAUGAGAAUACUUCAGGUCCUGAGGGCUCUAGUUUUAUCACAACCUGGAGAUAAUUUAUCCAACGAGAGCAUAUGUGAAAUAAUGCUCAGUUGUUUUAGAAUUUGUUUAGAAACUCGUCUUAGUGAAUUACUAAGAAGGACAGCAGAACAUUGUUUACGAGAUAUGGUUUAUCAUUUGUUUGUGAGACUUUCUCAAUUUGCGGAUGAUACCAGAGGACUUCUUAGCAUGAGGAAAAUGAGAACAAACAGUAUGGAAACUACAAAAAGUAAACCUAAGAAAAAUAAAAUUAGUGCAAAACCAAAGUCCAAAUUAAAUCUUGAUGAUAUGGAUGACGCAGAAGCUCAGCUUCUAAGUCCAGUUGAAAAGGUUGAAAAAGUCAAAGUCAAUCAUUUAGCUACUACACCUAUUUCACCUGCUGGCAACAUAGUUGAUAUGCAAGGUUCAUUAAAUCAUGGAACAUCGGAUAAAUCUGAUGAUGGUAAAGGUGAUUCUAAAACUAGUGCAUUAAAAAAUAUUAAUGGCAAGGAAAUUUCUGAAUCAAAUACUGUAAUAAAUGAUCCUGAAAAGAAGAUUUCUAAGAAUGAAAAUUUGGAAAAUGGUCAAGAGAUUGAAAGUUUAAAUAAUGAUAAUAAAUUAUCUGAAGAGCAAGUGGAUAAUAAAGUUGGACAAGUUUCAAAUCUUGAAAAUAAUCAAGGAAACGCUGAGAACAAAUGCAAUGAUGUUCAAUCACCAAGUGGCAGCAUUGAAGAUCUAUCUGUUGAUGAUGGUAUGAAUAUCAAUAACACUAAAUUGCCAAAUAAUAAACCUGAUGGUGAAUCUGUUGAGGAAUAUGUAAAUUCACAAGGAAUCAGAUUUACUACAGUUCAGCAGCAUACUCCCUACGGUUCUCUGUGCAUCAGGGAGCUAUUCAGAUUUUUAGUAUCUUUAUGCAGUCCUCAUGACAAGCAAAACACUGAAGUCAUGAUACAUUUAGGAUUAAGUCUACUGCAAGUAGUUCUGGAAGUAGCUGCAGAUUCUUUGGCUAAUUUUCCUUCAUUACUUGCUCUUGCCAAGGAUGAAUUGGCUCGGAAUUUAAUAGUAUUACUGGGCACAGACAGAUUGUCAAUUUUAGCUGCAGAUGUACAGGUGUCAUUUUUACUUUUUGAAUCUCAGCGUGAACAUCUUAAAUUUCAAUUGGAACAGUUUAUUGUAAAGUUGAUGGAUAUAAUUAAUUCUGAUUCAAAUCGAAUUACUUACGAACAAAGAGAACUUGCUUUGGAAGCUAUACUACGUUUGUGGAAGAUACCUGGUUUACCAGCAGAACUUUUUGUAAAUUAUGACUGCGGCUUAUUUUGUAUAAAUUUGUAUGAAGAACUAAUGAAAAUGCUAUCAAAGGUACUGUUCAAUAAUGUUUCGACAAUGGCUAGUAGUAUGUAUAGUUUACAAUUUAUUGCUUUGGAUGCAAUAUUUACUUUAAUUGCUGGUAUGGAAGGAAGGUGCAAAGGAAAUACAGAAAUGUUAAAAACCUCUCGACAAACCGCUUUGCCUAAUCUACCAGCCAAAGAUGUUUUAUUAGAUACGAAAACAAAGAAAAGAUUGCUAGCGAUUGGGGCUGAAAAAUUCAACGAAAGUCCCCGCGAAGGUAUUGCAAAAUUGACCGAAUAUGGCCUACUCGGAGGAACGCCGGGUCAUCCCGAUCCUAAUGAAAUUGCAAAAUUUUUAAGAGAAAAUCCAACGUUAGAUAAGAAGCAAAUUGGAGAGUACAUUAGUAAAAAGGAGAACGGCAAUGUAUUGCAAGCGUUUGUAAAUAGUUUCAAUUGGUCCAAUACCCGUUUAGAUGUAGCCGUACGUCAAUACUUGGAGACUUUUAGGCUGCCUGGAGAAGCCCCUUUAAUCUUCCUUCUACUCGAAAAAUUUGCCGAGCAUUGGCAUGAAAGUAAUAACCAUCCUUUUGCCUCAACGGAUGCUGCUUUUACUUUGGCAUAUGCUAUCAUCAUGUUAAAUGUAGAUCAGCAUAAUAACAACGUCAAACGACAAAAUAAUCCAAUGACAGCAGAGGACUUUAAGAAAAAUUUGAAAUCGACCAACGGUGACGCCGAUUUCGAUCAAGAAAUGCUCGAUGAAAUUUACACUGCUAUAAAGACUGAUGAAAUAGUUAUGCCGGCAGAACAAACAGGCCUCGUCAAAGAAAACUACUUAUGGAAAUGCCUCUUGCGAAGAGGUGCCAAUCCAGAAAGUCUGUACAUAAGGGUCGGCGAUGCUAGUGAUUUUAUCGACAAGGAACUUGCAGAGAAAGCUUGGGCCCCGAUUAUUAGUGCUCUAUGCAGAGCGUACGAUAAAGCUCCAGAUCGUAAUUUUCAACGAAAAGUGGCUACGGCAUUUUUCAGUUGUGCCGCUAUCAGUGCUCAUUAUGGUAUGACGAGCGAUUUGGACACUCUCAUAGUAAGCCUAUGCAAGUUUACCGGACUAGCGGCCGUUGGCCAGCCAGACCAAAUCGUUUUGAAAUUAGGUGGCAGUGGCUCGUGCCAGUUGGCCACUCGAACUCUCUUCAAAAUCACGCACCUGCACGGCGACGCUCUGCGAGCUUCUUGGAAAAAUAUCGUCGACUGUUUGCAAAUUUUGUACAAAGCCAAACUUCUUCCCAAAAGUCUGACGCACGGCGCGGACUUUCUCGAUCCUUCCGGUAAAGUAAGUCUCAUCGUCGAGUCGGCUCCAAAACCGGCCCCUGUUGAACAGGGCAUAUUAUCAAGUCUGUAUUCGUACAUCGCCUCGGAUACGUCGAGAACGCCUCAUCCCGCUGAAGCCGUGGCUAAAAAGAGAGCAAACGAUUGCAUUGCCCACUGUUAUCUCAAAGAGAUAAUCGAAGAAAGCAAGUUACUGCAGCUGGAUUCAUUGCAAUCCUUAGUGACAGCAUUGAUGAGUGCCAAUCCCGCUGACGAGGGUACAUCAGUAUUUUUGUUAGAACAAUUGAUCGAAUUAACCAUAGAAAACUGCGAUCGAGCCUCGAUCAUUUACCCGAUGAUUCAGCCUCAUUUGGAAUCGCUCGUUACCGCUUCAGCUCGGGAAAAUCAACCGCACCUCCUGGAGCGUGCGACGGUCGGUAUGCUGCGACUCGGCACGAAACUUCUUCUCGCCGAAGAUUUCGCCCGAAUUUUACUGCAGCCAUUAGCACCUCUGACGCACUUGCCAUCGGCUUCGGUUUCUCCCCUGGCAAGACAGAUAUCGUAUGGUUUAUUCGAGCUCCUGAAGAUCGGCGCUGCAAACAUACACAGUACAGAGGACUGGAAAGUAGUUUUCAACCUGUUGGAAUGCGCUGGAGCUGGUGCUCUUCAACCGAAACAGUCAUCCAACAAUCCCCAGGAUGAAAAUAGUUCCAGCAGAUCAACAGCCGCACCUCUGGAUCCUCGGCCCGUGAGCCCGGUACCCGAGUGGGUUCUCGUCUCUCCGACUGGUACGGGCACGGAAGCGCCUCUGCCCGUAGCCGCCGACAUCAUCGUGCUGGAUCGCAAGCUGCAAGCUCACGAUCCGCUGGCCCUGAUAAAGUGCUGCGAGAGCCUCAGUUUUCUCGUGCGCGACGUCGCCCACGUGACCCCGUUCAACUUCGAGCUGUGCGUGCGCUGCGUGCGUACGUUCGCCGAGGCCGUGCUCAAUUCCGCCGGCAAGCGCGGACGGGUGCAUCUGCCCGCGGGCGAAGAGCUGCCGCAAACAUAUCAACAGACUCCCAUUCAAUUGCUUGAUUUAAUGCACACGUUGCACACCAAAACUGCUCAGGUGUUCCGAUGGUGGGCCGAGGAGGGCAACGAGGAGCAGAAAAAGCAGAUAUCCACGAGCUCGCUGUGGUCGCAAGCUUGGCGCCCGCUGCUUCAGGGUAUCGCGAGACUUUGCUGCGACUCGAGGCGUCCCGUGCGAGCGGCUGCCAUAACGUCGCUGCAAAGUACCUUGUUAGCUCAUGAUUUUAGCCAAUUGUCCGCGGUCGAGUGGUCGCAAUGCCUCGAGCAAGUGUUGUUCCCGCUGCUGGCUCAGCUACUCGGGCCUGUCGCGCCAAGCGAUCCUCUCGGUCUCGAGGAGACGAGGGUCAGAGCUGCUAUGCUAUUAUCCAAGGUCUUCCUGCACCAUUUGAAUCCACUGUUGACGCUGCCAGGCUUCUUGCCGCUGUGGCUAACGGUGCUGGACUUGCUGCGCUCGUACAUGCACGCCGACAACAGUGAAAAUCUUUACGAAGCGAUUCCCGAAUCAUUGAAGAACAUGCUGUUGGUAAUGGCUUCGGCCGGAGUGCUUCAGCCCGAGUCGUACCUGUGGACGCCAACAUGGCGAGCUAUCGAUGCUUUUCUGCCUAAUCUGAAGGGCGAGCUGUUCCCCGAACCGCCGCCUCAACCUGCGCCGAAACCAGCAGUGGCCCAGUCACCUCCGCAAUCGCCGACGCCUACUCAACAAACUCCUGUUGCUGCUACCCCUGCUGGUGCUGCUGCUCAGGCUCAGGCUCAGGCUCAAGCUCAGGCUCAAACUCAGAAUCAUUCUUGUUCAAUACAGAUGGACGCCAGUUCGUACGACGUAUAUCCGACUAUCGUGCCGUCGCCCUCGAUGCCGAUUCCAACUCAAGUGCAAGAGUCCACCAUGCCGAUUAUAACCCCGAUACCGUCUUCGAUGCCAGUUAUAAAUGCUUCGUACGAGGCGUACUCGACAUCGCCGACCGGGCUCAAUCAUAUGCCGUCAUUCUCGAUGCCGAUUCUGACGCAGAUGCCAACUUCUCCGUUGCCGAGUCCACCUCAAAUACCCUCGUCCUCGAUACCAAGUCCGAGUCAGAUGACGUCGUCGCCGCCUCCGUCGGCACAAGUUCCAUUGCAAUCCUACUCGAUUCCAAUUAUCACGCCGUACGAGAUAUCACCGCCAGCCGCUCAAUUUCAAAUAUCGUCGCCCAUACCGAUACAGAAUCAGAUAUCAUCCCCGAUAUCAAACCCGACGCAAUUGCCACCCUUGAUACAGAGUCAAAAUCAAAUUCCGACGUCCUCGAUACCUAGUCAUACGCAAUUACCAGCCUCCUCUGUACAAAGCCAAUCUCAAUUAACAUCCACGAUGCCCGCUAUGGCUAGCUCGUACUUUGUGUGAGCUACUUAACUUUUUUGAGUAUAAACUUUAUAACGUGAAAUUUAUGUAAUCAACGCGAAUCGUUGCUAAUCAUGUUUCAAUCAAUUCUUUAUCAAUUCUUGAUUUAUAAUUCAACUAUUAAAAAUCUUUUUAUUGCAUAUAAGAACUAUUACCAAUUAUGACGAAAUAAAUUCAAAAAUAGUAUGAGGAAAUGUUAACAAUCAAUACAGUAAACAAUUAACAAACAAUUAACUUUUAAAUUAUACUAAAAUUAUUGCAAGACUUGGUAAAUUCAUAUGAAAUGACGUAGGGUAAAAAAGGAUAUGUGUGAGAAUUCAAAACAACAGUUCCGACUGAUUAUUGAAUUAAGAGCGCUUCAAUUUUAUACUUUAUUACAGUCAAACUUGUUGAUACAUUAUUUACGUUUAACGGUACAAUGUAACUGAUUAUAAUCAACAAUUAGUUAUUCAUUGUUAUUUAGAUAUGUUAUUCUCAAAUACUGCUUUAUCAAAAAAAAUAUUUUUAAAAAUUACUAUAAAACUAAUUAGUUCUAUUAUUAAAAAAAAAAAAAAACAGAAAUGAAUCUGUAAAAUUUAUAAAUUUUAAAAAAUCAUUCCAAUUAACUAAAUUUAUGAGAUCUGUUAAAAUCUUAAUUCUUUGGAUUUUUUGUGGGGGUGAUUAAUUUUUUCAAAUUUCUUAUGAAUUGUUAUGUUUAUGAGACCAAAUAACUUCAAGACAGUUGACUUAUGUGACUCUUACAAUUUAUCAAUGAUUUGUAAGCUUCAAGAAAAAAAAAUGGUGUAAUUAUUCAAGUUGUGUAUAUUAAAUGAGCAGAGAAAUAUUGAUUCUUUCAAUUUUGAUAAACAGUUUCAACUUUCUCUGCUGAAAGUAUGAGUUUUUAUAAGGGAAAGAGAUUCGUCAAGAAUCUGCGACCUUUUCGUAUUAUUUUUUAUCAGAUAUUUUUAAUUUACUGUUGUUAUGUAUUAAUGAAUAUCUAUUAUAAUAUAAAAAUAAUUUAUGAGUACCGUUGCUGUACGUUUUAAUGAAAAAAAAGUGUAUAUAUAUACAUAUUAAUGUAGUCACGAAUAACCACAUAAAAUUAUUUUACUAUGUAUAAGAGGUGUUGCAUUUUACUUGAAUUAGUUGUCAAUAAAAUUUUACAUA